AUGCCUGCAGAAAAGGCAGCCAGCAAUGAUGAUGCUGCCCCGCAGCUACCCGAGGCCAUAGGCCACCUCAAGCAGAAGCUAAGCUUCAAGACUGACUAUGCACCGAGUCGCAUUACUCAGUACGUCUCCGAAAGGAGCGGCAUGCAAGUCUUCGUCGCCGAUCGGAAGGGUCCCAAGGUCGUUGGAAACUUUGCUCUUGCCACCGAAAUCUUCGAUGACUCCGGUGCCCCUCACACACUUGAGCAUCUCGUCUUCAUGGGCUCCAAGAACUACCACUGGAAAGGCCUCCUCGAUAAGCUAGCGUCGCGUGCCUACAGUUCAACCAAUGCUUGGACGGCUACCGACCACACGGCCUAUCUUCUGGACUCGACGGGCUGGGAUGGUUUUGCUCAGAUUCUGCCUUUGUACCUCGAGCACGUCCUCGUCCCCCUCUUGACUGACGAGGCUUGCACCACUGAAGUAUGGCAUGUUGAUGGCGAGGGCAACGAUGCCGGUGUUGUGUACUCGGAGAUGCAGGCGGUUCAGUAUCGAAGUUCGGAGCUCUUGGACAUUGCCGCCCGUCGCCUUUUAUACCCCGAGAGCGUGGGCUACCGCUACGAGACUGGCGGUAUGAUGGAAGCUUUGAGGGUUCUUACGCCGGACAGAAUCCGAGAAUUUCACCGCGAGAUGUACCAACCCCGAAAUCUCUGCGUCAUCGUCGUUGGUGAUGUUGAUCAUUUGAACUUGCUCGAGAUUCUAGAGCAGUUCGAGGAGAGCAUCAAGGAGCACAUCCCGCCCCUGGAUAGUCCCUUCAAAAGGCCCUGGAUCGAGUCCACCCAACCUCCACAGCUUACGGAAACCAGGAUCGAAACGGUGGAAUUCCCCGAGGAGGAUCUCUCUAUGGGCGAACUUACCAUGGCCUAUUUUGGUCCCAAGUACAUCGACCUUGUAGAAUCUACUGCCGUCCAGGUCGUUCUAACCUACCUCUGUGGCUCUUCGGCGUCCAUUCUUGAGAACACCAUUGUCGAGAAGGAGAAGCUUGCAAGCGUGAUCCAAUAUUACACUGAUAACCGGCCUGACAUUGUCAUCUGGAUUCAAGCUUCUGGUGUCGAGACCGAAAACCUCGAAAAGGUUGAGAAGAGGAUCGUUGAUCUAUUGGAGGAGGUCGUUUCCAAGCCACUCGAUAUGGACUACAUGAAGGCGUGCUUUGACAGGGAGAUCCGCCAAAUCAAAUUCCACGCCGAGGAAUCCUACAAUUUCUUCUCCAGCAGCAUUCUAGACGACUACCUCUUCGGCAAUAGGGACGGCUCUACUCUCAAAACUAUGGAGACCCUAAACGAGUACGAGGUGCUGCGAGAGUGGACCGAAGAGCAGUGGAGGGGCUUCAUCAAGAAGUGGCUCGUCGACGCUCACCACGUCUCAGUCUUGGGCAAGCCCUCUGAGAAGUUAGCUUCGAGACUCAAGGAGGAGGAGACGGCAAGGCUUGCGAAGCGGAAAGAAGAGCUUGGCGAAGAAGGACUUGCAGAACUUGCGAAGCGACUCGAGGACGCGAAGGCCAAGAAUGACGUGCGCAUCCCCCCCGAGGUUAUCGCCAAAUGGGAGGUUCCAAGCACCGAGUCCAUCCACUUUAUCAAGUCGACUACGGCUCGCGCAGGAAAGGCCCGAGAACUCGAAACCUUUGACAACAAGGCGCAGGCCAUUAUUGAUCAGAGCGAUAAGGCAAAGUUCCCUCUGUUCCUUCAAUUCGAGCAUGUACCUAGCAACUUUGUUCACAUCACCAUAUACAGUGGCACAAAACGCAUCCCGAUCGAGCUCAAGCCUCUAUUCCCCAUCUUCAACGAAGCAUUCUUCAAUACGCAUGCCACACACAAGGGCAAAGAAAUGACGUUUGAAGAAGUGGUUGUUGAACUCGAGAAGGAGACCAUCAGCUAUCAUAUUGGUUCUUCGCGGCAACUUGGCGACCCCGACGGGUCUGGCAUCAUCUUUGCCAUUGAACCGGAAAAGUACGAGACUGUCAUUGAGUGGAUAAAGACGCUCAUGUUCCAUGCUAGCAUUGAUGAGCAGAGGCUCAAGGCCAUCAUCAGCAAACUCCUCGCUGAUGUUCCCGAAUCCAAGCGUGAAGGCCAACUCAUGGCUAACGAGGUUGUCCUGGCUCACCAUUUCGAAGCCGACACGAUGACAUUGGCUAAGAGAACCUUGGUCAGAGCCGUGUUUCUUAAGCGCCUUAAGAAGCUUCUUGAGGCGGACCCGCAGAAGGUGGUGGACUGGGUCAAAACGGUCUACCGUAGCGUGUUUGUGUCUGGUAAUAUCCGUAUCCUUGUGACAGGCGACGUUGCAAAGAUUCCUAACCCAGUUGCGGUGUGGGAUAUCAUUGGCAAAGAGCUUGCCGCCGACGGCAGCGAAUGCGGCCGAAUGGAGCCCAUUCCCCUCAUGGACGCGUGUCUGUCGGAUGAGGGCAAGAACCCCGGAAACGUCGGCGCCGUCAUCAUUCCGAUGGCGACACUGGACACUUCCUUCAGCGUAUCCACAGCUAAGGGCCUAUCCUCUCUCCACGACCCCCGAUUUCCCGCUCUCCUGGUUGCCAUCGCUUACCUCGAAACGGUCGAGGGCCCUCUAUGGAAAGCCGUCCGCGGUCACGGAUUCGCCUACGGCUCCUAUUUCGGCCGAGACAUCGAGACCGGCCUGAUCCACUACAAGGUGUACCGCUCCCCCUGCGCCACAAAGGCCAUCGCCGCGUCGCAGGAGGCGAUCCGCGAGAUCGCCGAGGGCGACGUGCCGAUCGACCACCACUUCAUGGAGGCGGCGGUGUCGCAGAUCGUCAUGAUGUUCGCUGCCGAGGAGAGCACGAUGGCGGCGGCGGCGCUGCAGAGUUUCCUGCUCGGCGUCGUGAGGGAACUGCCACUCGAUUGGACGGAGAAGGUGCUCGCGCAGGUAAGGGCCGUUACGCCGGAGGAGAUGAAGGCAUCGAUGAGAGAGGUUAUAUUGCCUAUUUUUGAGCCGGGGAAGAGUAAUGUUGUCAUUACUUGUGCUCAUCUUUUGAAGGAUGACAUUGAGAAGGCGUUGGUUGAGGUUGGCUAUAAGACGGAGGUCGAGACUUUAUCGCAUUUCUACGAGGCGUAUGGACUGGAGGGGGAAGAUGCGGAAGAGACGGAGGACGAGGAUGAGGAUGAGGAUGAGGAGGGUUCUGAGUAUGGCUCAGACGACGAAUCCGUGGAGGAUUAG